AUGGAACUCUCCAUCCUUCCGGAAAGGCCGCCGCUUAAGCCUAGCGCUGAUGUAGAUAAAGGUCAUGUUAAAGAUGUUCGAGGUUUGACUUGGGGUGCAGCAGCUGUUGGUAAUGCCACAUGGUCUGGAGCCCGAUUAGUUGAUGUUUUGGAAUCCAUGGGUAUUAAAUCAGAUGAAGAAAGUCAUGUGCAGUUCAUAGGAUUAGAUGCUGAUCCUACAAAUACAACUUAUGGUGCUUCAGUGCCAUUAUCGCAUGUAAUGAAUCCACGAAAUGAUGUGCUGCUUGCAUAUGAAAUGAAUGGAAAACCUCUGAAUAGAGAUCAUGGUUUUCCCUUGAGGGUUAUUAUACCAGGAGUAAUUGGUGCUAGGAAUGUUAAGUGGUUAGGAUCAAUAGUCAUAUCCUCAGAGGAGAGUGAUUCCCAUUGGCAACAAAACGAUUAUAAAGGUUUUAGUCCAAGCACGGAUUGGGAUACAGUUGAUUUUACUAAGUCACCUGCUAUACAGGCAAUGCCAGUAACAUCUGCCAUAUGCCUACCCCAGGAGAAUGAAAAAGUCAAACCUGAAAAUGGAUUUAUCAAAGUUAAAGGAUAUGCUUGGUCUGGAGGUGGCCAAAGGAUUGUGCGAGUAGAUGUAACAGGUGAUCAAGGUUUAACAUGGACGACAGCGAAACUGGAGCAAGGUAAAGAACCUUCAUCACGACACUACGGUUGGACUUUGUGGACUGCUGAAGUACCUGUUCAAAAGGGUGUGAAAGAGAUGGAAUUGUGGUCUAAAGCAGUUGAUUCAAAUUAUAAUGUUCAGCCCGAAAGUUUUGCAAAUAUUUGGAACCUUAGAGGAGUACUAAGUAACGCUUAUCACAAGGUGAAAAUAAAUAUUAAGUGAAGGAAUACUUAACUGGCGUUGCCAGUAAAAUUAUAUUUACAU